AAAAAGAAAGCUUGACCUAAAAAGUAGAAUCCAUUUUGAAUUGCAAGCAAAGAAAGAGAGAGAGAGAGAGGGAGAAUGAAAGGCAAUAAAAGGAGAAAAAUGGAGUUUGAUUAGAAGAUGAAAAAGAUAGAAACAGAGGAAGAAAAGAAAGAAUUGAAAAGAAUAAUGAGAGUCCUUGUGGUUGGAGGAACUGGCUACUUGGGGAAGAGGAUUGUAAAGGCAAGUCUUUUGGAAGGGCAUCAAACUUUUGUAAUUCAAAGGCCUGAGAUUGGUCUUGACAUUGAGAAGCUUCAAUUGUUGCUUUCCUUUAAGAAACAGGGGGCCGUCCUCGUCCCGGCGUCUUUCUCCGACUUCCAGAGCCUGGUCGAUGCGGUGAAGCGUGUCGAUGUCGUGAUUUCAGCCAUGUCUGGUGUCCAUUUUAGAAGCCAUAACCUUCUCCUUCAACUCAAGCUUGUUGAAGCCAUUCAAGUUGCAGGGAAUAUCAAGAGAUUGGUGCCAUCAGAGUAUGGAAUAGACCCAGCAAGAAUGGGAAAUGCACUUGAACCAGGAAGAGAAACAUUUGAUCAAAAAAUGGUAAUAAGAAAAGCAAUUGAAGAAGCCAAUAUUCCUUUUACUUAUAUCUCAGCCAAUUGCUUUGCCGGUUACUUUGCCGGUAACCUGUCUCAAAUGCUCACUCUGGUUCCUCCCACUCAUCAAGUUACACUUUAUGGUGAUGGCAAUGUUAAAGUAAUAUACGUGGACGAAGAUGACAUAGCAACGUACAUUGUGAAGGCAGCAACUGAUCCUAGAACAGAGAAUAAAACAGUGUACAUUAGGCCUCCACAAAACAUCCUCUCCCAAAGAGAACUCAUUGAGAAAUGGGAGAAGCUUUCUGGAAAAGUAUUGGAAAAGAAAAGUGUUUCUGCUCAAGACUUUCUUGCCAGGAUGAAAGAUAUGGACAUAGCACAGCAGGCUGGAGUGGGACAUUUUUAUCACAUAUUCUUUGAAGGUUGUUUGACAAAUUUUGAAAUAGGAGAAGGAGAAGAAGAAGCUUCAAAGCUUUUUCCAGAAGUGAAUUACACUCGAAUGGAUGAUUAUCUCAAGAUUUUUAUAUAACAAAUUAUCAAACAAAGAGACUUUAAUAUUUUGCAAAUUAUGCAAGCCAAAACAUGAAAAUCAAUGUUAAUUUGUACUUUUUUUAAAAAGAACUUCUAUUAUUUUACACCAUGUUUCUUUCUUUCAUUUACAUUUUCUAUAAAUAUGUUAAUGUGCUUUUCAAAUUAGAUAUCUUUGUGUUUUGGCAAGGCGUGAUUCGAAUUGUAUUUGAAUCUUUAUUUCGAGUUCGUUAGUGCAUACAAACAAGUUUGUUAUCA